AUGACGAUCGAUUCGCAGCAGAAAACGAGCAAGUUCCGAUGGGGAGAGAUGGACGAAGACGACGAUCUCGAUUUCCUUCUCCCUCCCAAGCAAGUGAUUGGCCCAGACGAGAACGGUCUGAAGACGGUGAUCGAGUACAAGUUCAACGAUGAGGGAAAUAAGGUUAAGAUCACGACCAGGACACGUGUCCGAAAGCUAGCUUCCGCGAGGCUCAACAAACGAGCCGUGGAGAGGAGGAGCUGGACUAAGUUCGGAGAUGCCGCCAAUGAAGACGCUGGUAGUCGUCUCACUAUGGUUUCAACCGAAGAGAUCCUUCUCGAACGACCAAGGGCUCCUGGUGCCAAAACGGAUGAAACGAAGGCAGGAGGAGACUUGUCUCAGCUAGGUGGUAAAGCAGGUGCAGUCCUCAUGGUGUGCAGGAUAUGCCACAAGAAAGGAGAUCACUGGACAUCAAAAUGCCCUUACAAGGAUCUAGCUGCACCAACAGAUGUCUUCAUCGACAAGCCAACCACAGGUGAAACAUCUAGCGCACCUGCUGCACCUGGAACUGGCAAGGCCGCUUAUAUCCCGCCUAGCAUGAGACAAGGUGCAGACAGAAACGCUGCUGGUUCAGACAUGAGGAGAAGGAACGACGAGAACUCUGUGCGUGUAACUAACUUGUCUGAAGAUACCCGUGAACCAGACUUGAUGGAGCUGUUCCAUCCGUUUGGAGCUGUCACUCGUGUCUACGUGGCAAUCGAUCAGAAAACUGGAGUGAGCAGAGGAUUCGGUUUCGUCAAUUUCGUGAGCAGAGAAGACGCUCAACGAGCAAUCAACAAAUUGAAUGGUUAUGGUUAUGAUAACCUCAUCCUCAGGGUUGAGUGGGCUACUCCAAGACCCACCUAG